GUAUAUCCCAAAAGAAACAAAUGAGUGAAACUUGUGAAAGUCUACAUCUUUCACAAGUUCAGUCUCCCUAAUAUACCUCCUGUUGUUGGUUAAGUUCAACUGCCAUGGCCAAUCUCCUUCUCUUUCCUCUUCUAUUCCUAAGAUAAUUUGAACAGUGCAAAUCAGAAAACCUUAAUCACUACUCAAUUUCAUAAAACAAGUGGGAAGCGGCAUGCAGGGAGAUGGAAUUAAGUAAAUACACUAACCUUAAAACUGGGUCUGGGUCUAGUAACCGUGGCAAGAGAGAUAUCAUGAUUUGGAUCAUAACCAUAGUUGAGAGCAACAGGAUCCAAAGAGAGAGCUCCAAGCACCAACACAUCAACUCCUUCCUAGCUCCUACUGUAUUUGGCUAUGGCAGCAAGGUUCACAAAAACCAGAAGAAAUUGGAUGGAAUAGAUAGCAUUAGAUUGAAAAUUGGAAACUUACAUAGCAUUAAUCUGAGGCUUGUUACACUUAUGCAUCCAUCAGUUGUAGCUCUCAAACACCAACACAUCAACUCCUUCCUAGCUCCUGCCAUGUUCAGUUAUAGCAACAAGGUUUAUGAGCAACAAUGGGGAUUUUUGCAAAGAAAAUUGGAAAAGGGAGAAGUUGAAGAACAAGGGACUCAAUUGAAGAAAUCAAAAGUCGGGGGCCACCCCCCUGCAGUGAACCAGCGCCCCCUGCUCAGCGCCCCUAGCUCCAGCGCCCCUAGCUCCUGCACCCCUAGCUCCUGCACCCCUAGCUCCUGCGCCAGCCUUGUUUCCCGAACCAAAGCCCCUAGCCCCUGCGCCCGGCCUUGCUUCCUGCACCAGCCUUGCUCUGCAUCAGCUUCCUUGCUCUGCAUCAGCUCCCUUGCUCUGCACCAGAUCACCUGCACUCUGCACCAGCCAUCAUCGGCAAUAAUGCCCCUGCUGCUGCACGCCUACACCCCCCUGCUGCUGCACGCCUGCACCCCUGCAUGCCCGUGCCUUGCACUCUGCUACGCCUGCACUUGAUCCUGCACUCCUGCUUCUGUUAAAAAGCCGGAUCCUUUGCUUGCUUCGCGCCCUCUGCAUGCUGCUGCCAAUCCUGCACGCCUCUGCAACCCGAUCCUAUACCUGCUCUGUCACUCUAGAAGCCCUGAAAAAAAAAAAAAAAAAGGAGGGCUCGGUCCUUUGCUUUUCAAUCAGCAGAAAUCAACAAGUGGGUAUAAAUAGAGGGUUUUGGUUAGAAGGCUAUGGGGGGGGAUUUUGCUUGUUUGAAUGUAGUGUGGUGUUGACGGAGGAGAACAUUUUGUUGGAGGUCGACGGCGAUUGAAAGGGAGGCUUAUUUUUCUGUGUUUGUUUCCUGCUUAGGUAAUUUUCUAAACAGAGGAGUCCUUUUGGGGAGGCAGUGAAGGGAAUGAUCUGGGCUUGAUCUCGUGGGUGGGAUUCCCCAGAUCAGACUCCGAUCUGUUACCCAGAAAGCUCCACCAUGCUUGUUUCUUUUGACUUCUGUUCUGUGAUUUGCUCUUAUGAUGUUUAAGUUUGUACGUGUUUACUGAAAAUCAAUAAAAAAAAAAUUGUCCA